GUUCACGUGGCCAGUAACAUAACUAAUAGUACUAACAUUAACUGGGUUUAAUGCGUCCUACGUAACUAUUUCAUAUAGGUGGUGCAGAGAGGGCUUGAAAGGGAAAGCUAAAUAGAUUCGACAUGGCAGCACGCUCGGAGAGAUUUUCUGUAGAUUUCCUCGUCGGAGGGACGGCAGCGAGUGUAGCGAAGAGUGCUGCCGCACCAAUUGAGAGGGUGAAACUUUUGUUGCAGAACCAAGGAGAGAUGAUAAAAAGAGGGCAUUUGACCAGGCCUUACUUGGGUGUUGGGGAUUGCUUUAAAAGAAUUUUCAAAGAGGAAGGUCUUUUGUCAUUUUGGAGGGGUAACCAGGCCAAUGUCAUUAGAUAUUUUCCGACUCAGGCAUCCAAUUUUGCAUUCAAAGGCUACUUUAAAAGCUUUUUUGGGUGCUCAAAGGAGAAAGAUGGAUAUUUCAAGUGGUUUGCUGGAAACAUUGCUUCAGGAAGUGCUGCUGGAGCAACCACAUCACUACUUCUUUAUCAUUUAGAUUAUGCCAGGACUAGACUUGGCACAGAUGCUAGGGAGUGCCCAGCUAAUGGUAAACGCCAAUUCAAAGGGCUACUAGAUGUUUAUCGUAAGACCUUGUUAAGUGAUGGCAUCGUUGGCCUUUAUCGAGGGUUUGGGGUUUCAAUCAUUGGAAUAACCCUUUACCGAGGCAUGUAUUUUGGCAUCUAUGACACCAUGAAGCCUAUCGUUUUGGUUGGCCGCUUUCAGGACAAUUUUUUUGCUAGCUUCUUCUUGGGUUGGGGUGUGACUACUGUUUCAGGGGUAUGUGCUUACCCUUUUGACACAUUGCGUAGAAGAAUGAUGCUAACCUCUGGACAAUCGCUGAAGUAUCGUAAUGGAGCUCAUGCAUUCUGCGAAAUUGUACAGCAUGAGGGUUUUACUGCAUUAUUCCGUGGAGUGACGGCAAACAUGCUUCUUGGUGUGGCAGGGGCUGGAGUACUUGCAGGAUAUGAUCAACUGUACCAAUUUCUAUAUAGAUCUGGUUACAGGUUUGAGCCACAGAAAGCGUAAAAGUGAUAUUUCUGUAGCAAAAGCAUGUAUAAUUUUUUAAGUUCAAUGUUGAAAGAAUGGAAAAGGUACUUGCGAGGUCAUUUCCUUGAAGAUUGCUGGUUGAUGAAAAGAAAAAGGAGGACAAAGGAAGGAUAUAUAAGUUGCAUUUUCAUUGUAGCUUCACAAAACUGAUGAAUUAAGCUGGUGAGCUCCAUGUUCUGAUAUUGAAUCUACCAGAGUUGCCAUUGGAGCUGGUGCCAUGAGACUUUGGAAGGGAAGACCAGGUCAGUAAGUGGGAUUGAUCUGACAAUAGAAGAUAAGGUAUGACAUACGGAGGACUGUUUCAGUUAGUGGUUAUAUAAUUCACAUUUGAAUUCAAUUACCCCUUUUGGAAAGGUGAAAAUUUAAAAUAAGGAAAACAUGAAAAGCAAAGGGGGAAAAUUUGACCGGAUGCUAUUGUUUUAUAUUAUCUGUACAGUUACAAAAUGUAGUUUAUGUAAUCUUUAUUUAAUUGUUAACGAAUACAAUUCUGUUCAGUAAUCAUUGGAAAUGUCAACACUUUAACAAUUGAUUUUGUUC